AUGAGUGAGUAUUCGAAUGAUGAAGAGGAAAAAUCUCCUAGAAAUUAUGAUGAUCAAAGCAUUGAUGACAUGCAAUUUUCUGACAAAAAUUAGAUUGAUGACAGAUUGGAAACUUAGAAUGAUGAGUUUAGUUUAAAUGCAGAGUAGUAGAACAUGGCAUCUGGUACUGAGCUAGUUAAUUAGAGAGCAAUGAGUGAGAAGACACUCGGAGGAUAUAAUUCAACAAGAUUUAGCUAGAUGGUUGAAGACUUGCUUUAGAAGUACAGGAUACCACACUAUGGCAUUAUGACUAGUAAUACUAGGUUUGAGGUUAUUCAGCCAGCUCUAAUCAAUAACAAAUAUGUUACAUAUCACAUCAAUGGGGAGGACUCUCUAGGAUAAUUUGAUGGUAAGAGGAGAUAUAAUGAGUUUUAUCAACUAAGAAACAUUCUGUGUGUCAGAUGGCCUGGAGUUUUUGUUCCAGCUAUUCCACCUAAGAAGGCAGUAGGCAACAAAGAUGUGAAGUUUAUCAUUGAAAGAAGAUACUAUUUAGAGAGAUUUUUAAAGCAAAUUUCACUUCAGCAAAAUCUUUUGAACUCUGAGGAGUUUAGAAUAUUCGCAAGACCAGAGUUCACCGGAGGCAAUUCAGAUGUUUAAUCUUAACUACUCAAGUUGCCUAAGAUUAAUUACGAUGAAAUGGGGGCUAAAUAUAUCGAAUCAUUUGGUUUGAAUGAGGUACAGUUUAAGCGAAUAGCCGAUCGGCAAUAAGACUAUGAGACAAAACUACUAGAAUUUGAAAAUUUUCUAAGGAAACUUUUGCUUUAGUACAAAGCUCUCAGAAAACAGCUGAAAGGAUUAGCAGAGAUAUAGGAUCAAGCAGUUCAGAAUUAAAGAGACUCAACUAAUGAUCUUUACAAGAGCUUAAGAGAUAUGUGUGAAAAAACUAGAAAUCCAUUCACAAGCCUGUACUACUGGGUUAAAGGUGAAAUAUUAGAUUGUAAUGCUUUUUAAGAAGCUAUCCACUAGAGAUCUUAGCUUACACUACUUAUUCAAAAAAUGAGUGCUAAGAAACUAAGCUAGCAAAAUGAGUUAGAUAAACUAUUAGGCGGAAAGAAGAGCAUAAGAACUUUCUUCAAAUCAUCUAAUGAAAAACAAAAUUACUCAAUAACUCUCCAGAAGUAGAUAGAUUAAACUGAUAAGCAAAUUGAAGGCUUGAUAUCGAUGGGAAUCGUUUUAGACUGGCAUCUUGGAGAUUUCAUGAUGCCUACAUUCAAAAAGGACAAAAUUGAUAAUUUCAGCCAUAUUCUGAGAGAAAUGAGCAGCACUGAAGUUGAGAAUAGCAACGUAGGGGCAAUGCAUUGGAGCAAGGUGCUGUCGAAUCAAAAUUUAAAGCAUUUUUGA